AACUCACCACGUCAUCACUCGCUUUUCUCUAUUUAAAACCUCAUAUUUGUCUCAGUGUCAGAUCACCCGAGCAUUUCUCACCACAUCACCUCUUCGUCUUCGCCAAUCUCCAUACGAGCUUCCUCUGUUUCUCCGCUGCUAUGGGUAGCUCCGGCGACGUUAACUGGAAACUCGAGGACCACCCCAAGCUCCCAAAAGGAAAAACCAUCGGACUGAUCGUUCUCGACGGAUGGGGCGAAUCCGAGCCCGAUCAAUACAAUUGCAUCCACAAAGCUCCAACUCCCGCCAUGGAUUCCCUCAAAAACGGACGUCCUGAUACGUGGAGGCUGAUCAAAGCUCACGGCACGGCCGUUGGUCUCCCCAGCGAAGACGACAUGGGAAACAGCGAGGUUGGCCAUAAUGCUCUCGGAGCAGGGAGAAUCUACGCUCAAGGUGCUAAGCUUGUUGAUCUCGCGCUUGAGUCCGGGAAGAUUUAUGAAGAUGAAGGAUUUAAAUACAUUUCUGAGUCUUUUGAGAAGGGCACUGUGCAUCUUAUUGGGCUUUUAAGUGACGGUGGAGUUCACUCUCGGUUAGAUCAAGUGCAGUUGCUGUUGAAGGGUUUCGCAGAACGUGGCGCUAAGAGAAUCCGUGUUCAUAUUCUUACUGAUGGUCGUGAUGUUUUGGACGGCUCUAGUGUCGGCUUUGUGGAGACUCUUGAAAGUGAGCUCGCUGAGCUACGUUCCAAGGGUGUUGAUGCUCAGGUUGCUUCUGGUGGAGGUCGUAUGUAUGUCACAAUGGACCGUUAUGAGAAUGAUUGGACUGUUGUGAAACGUGGGUGGGACGCUCAAGUCCUUGGAGAAGCUCCCCACAAAUUCAAAAACGCUCUUGAAGCGGUUAAGAAGCUGAGGGCUGAACCUAAAGCCAAUGACCAGUACUUGCCACCGUUUGUCAUUGUUGACGACAGUGGGAAGGCUGUUGGUCCGAUCGUUGAUGGUGACGCGGUUGUUACGUUCAACUUCCGUGCUGAUCGAAUGGUCAUGCUUGCCAAGGCCCUCGAGAAUGAAGAUUUUGACAAGUUUGAUCGCGUACGUUUCCCAAAGAUUCGUUACGCAGGAAUGCUCCAAUAUGAUGGAGAGCUAAAGCUUCCUAGCCAUUACCUUGUUUCUCCACCGUUGAUUGACAGAACUUCUGGUGAAUAUCUUGCACAUAAUGGAGUCCGUACUUUUGCUUGCAGUGAAACUGUUAAGUUCGGCCAUGUUACCUUCUUCUGGAAUGGAAACCGCUCUGGAUAUUUCAACGAAAAGCUAGAGAAGUACGUUGAGAUUCCGAGUGACAGCGGAAUAUCAUUCAAUGAACAGCCAAAGAUGAAAGCGCUGGAAAUUGCUGAGAAAGCUAGGGACGCUAUCCUUAGUGGCAACUUUGACCAGGUGCGUGUUAACCUGCCGAAUGGAGACAUGGUGGGUCAUACCGGCGAUCUUGACGCUACUGUUGUUGCAUGCGAGGCUGCUGAUGUUGCUGUUAGGAUGAUUCUUGAUGCCAUUGAGAAGGUGGGAGGGAUAUAUGUUGUGACAGCAGAUCACGGAAAUGCUGAGGACAUGGUUAAAAGGGACAAAGCUGGCAAGCCGGCUCUUGACAAGGAAGGAAAGCUUCAGAUUCUCACCUCUCACACCCUGAAACCAGUGCCAAUUGCCAUAGGAGGUCCUGGUUUGUCAGCAGGAGUUAGGUUCAGACUGGACUUGGACACACCAGGGCUUGCGAAUGUAGCUGCAACGGUGAUGAACCUCCAUGGAUUUGUGGCUCCUGGCGAUUAUGAGCCGAGUCUGAUUGAAGUAGUCGACAAGUAAUGAUGGUGUGGUGAUCGUUGUUCCCUCUGAAAGUCCCACUUGAGCUUCUCUAAAUCAUGAUUCUGUUUUACGUUUUUUUCUUUUUUUUUUUUCCUCGUGCUCUUCCUUUAAUAAGGCCCUCUUGAUUUUUUAGGUGGCGAUAGUUUAGACUCGCCACUAUCAGCUGUCUGUUGUGGGUCAAGUUAAACACUGCAUUUGGAUGUUUUUGUUUGGCACAAACUGACUUUUGAUUUUGAAGGUUUAAUAAUAAUUAAACGAAUUAC